AGUGUGCAUGGUAUAUGAUCAUCGUGAUCAUGUAAUGAUGCAUUGUAUUUUAUUCAGCGAGUCGUCACACUCAUGUUGAAGGAAACAUCACACACUUUAAUUUGAUGACAUCAAACAGUAUAUUCACAUAGAUCUUGAUAUGUAGCGUCAAGUGGAGUGACAAGCAAGUGAUCGGUUCUCUCUGAAUAUGCUGAACAGAGCUACACUCUUGACAGAGGGGAAGAUCCACCAUUCUGUGAACAGUUCCAAAGAUCACUGCUUUCAGAGGGAACACCCCACAAACAUAAGUUCAUGCAGUGUGCUUGCUGAGUCCACUGUAGUCUUUCACACUCCCACCGUAAACUGACAGAGCGUUGAGAUUUUUGUCUAAAGGAAGAAGUACAAUCACUUUAAUGAUGGGAUGUUCAAUGAAAUACCUGCCCUAUGGCUCCAUUGUGGCAGCCUUGUUUGUGUACUGUGGCAUCGGGCUUUUCUGUGGAGCAUCCCUGACCGCACUGAGGGACACUGAAGAUAUGUUCAGUAAAACUGGACUGGACGCAGAAACAGUAAUUUAUGCCCUCCGGAUUUCUGUCUAUGCCAUCACACCAGUAGUUGUAGUCAUAGCAUGUAUCUACAUCAUAUUAGGCUAUGCAGCGACAAAGCAGAGUAAAGUCCAAGUGUAUGACGAUGAAGAUGUGUGCUGUGGAGGGAUGGGCUGUGUCAGCCUGGCGCUCUAUAUUUUGUACCUUCUGACUUUCAUCUGGCUAGCUCUUGGUGGCGCUUGUACUAUCCCCAUGAUCUUUACUGUCAUGGUGAAAAUGUACACAGUAUCAGUUACUGGUGCUGAUGGCAUUGUCCCUGAUGGUUCAUGUAUUUAUCUGCAGCAAUACGGUUUUGUUGGCGGAGUGAACACAACACUUUGUGGGCAGACACUGAAAGAAUUUGGAGACCUGGCAGGAUCCGCUCUUGUCAUGUACGCGAUUCUGUUGGGGGGCUCUGCUCUGGUUUUACUGGGCCUGAUUCACUUCCUGAUGUGUGGGUCGGCCAACUGGGGCCACGUCAAGGAUGGCCUGAAGCGUCGGGACUAUGAGUCCCGCCGGCGGCAAGAGGAAGCUGAGCUCCACGACAUGGGCUCUGGCUCCUCCUACUCCAGGGGCCCCCGGGCCAAGGUGUAUGACACCAGUAUGUCCCAGAUGGCUUACAACCCCCAGCUACCCCCCAUCGGUGGGUUUGGCGAACAGCAGUACACCCACAGACACCCCUCACAACCCACGCUGUCCACAGAGAGACUUGUGAAUGACUAUUACUGAAAACAAUUGGGGGAAAUCAAGUGGCAGUGCUUGUCAAGAGGCAGUGGUCAAUUGAUCUUUACCCCUCCUAUUAUCCAUUUUUAUGUGUACAACUGUAUGUGAGAAUAGGCAUAUCAUCCUGCACUUGUAAUGCUGCGAAAUAUACACAUGUGCAGGCCAAGGGUGGAUGGAGGGGGGGUGCAUGCCCUCCUCCCCCUGCCCCCAAAACACAAGAAUACUAUUUUUUUAUUUGAGUAAUUACAGAAAGGGGAUUAUUUUGGGUGUCUAUUUCGUUUCUCUUUCUUCAAAACACACAUAAAAUCCCAAGAUGUAGCGUCACUCCUCAAACAGGCCAUGAAGAGUUACAUAACAAAAAAUUUGACCCCUCCCCAAAAAAGUAGAUUAUGGAUCUACCCUUGGUGUGGUCAGGGUUCCAUGUGCUAGAUGGAAUCCCUUUUGUCCUUUGACUAUCAGAUGAGAUUCUGUGGAAUAUUGGGGCUCUAUCUUGUGACUGUAUUAUACAUUUUAUUUUAAAUGCAGUUCACAUUUACUCAGCCAUUAAGUGUUCAUACUUCAAGACUCUUACUCAGAUGUCAUUUUUCUGCAAAGCCAGAAUAGUGUGACGUCUGGAAUAAUAGCCAGCUUGCUCAUCUGUUUUUUUUCUGUUUUAGCCAAGAGUCACCCAGAAUCGAUUUAAACCAAUCACUGGAUUGGGACUACUCGUUAAUAGUGUGUCAGGGGGCCUUAUUGCCUCAUUCCUUUUUCGUAGAUUGAAAAAGGUUCUUCAAGUUAGUGUAUAAUGCUUUAGAUGUGUUUUGCACAGUGUCGAGAAUAUGCCAAGAAUGUUUUCAGCCUUUGCCUUUGAUCGAGUCUCCUACAAAGUGUCUAGCUCUUCACUGCAGCUUUGUGAAAUAAGCUGUGAUGGCAGAAUAUGUUGAGGCACAAAGUUUUUUUUGUAUUUUUUUUUUAUUGGCAACUGAUCAGUGAAACAUUUCCAUUUCUUUUCAGAAUGUACAAUGAAGGUUUAAGGCCUCAGAAUGGGUAUCCAGGCACAGGCAAAGUUUUAAAAAAAUCACAUUUGUAAGUCUUUUGUCCAAACUUUUUACUGACUGUGUGAGGAAAAAGAAAUCAGGUUUUUGGUUGAAUGGUUUUUGGACAGCCUUGUAACAUAGAAACUAUUUUUAUAUUACAAGUAGUGGCUCUCUAGUAUUGAAACUGAUGUUGACUUUAAUGCAGUUUACGUGUAGGCUGUAUCAUGUGAUUUGUAUUUAAAAUGUAAGAUAAGAUGUUAAGCAUGCAAUGUAUAGUGUGGUGUCAAUUGUGCGAAUUAUAUAUAUAUAUAAAAGAUGAUGAGCUUUGAGGAGAUAUUCAAGAAAGUGUUUUUAUGUUGCCCUCUGUGAGUUAAACGCAUGCCAUUUUACUUUAAUGCUUCAUCUACAGAAAUCAUUUUCACUUGAAGAAAUUUGUUAGAUGGUGGAUUUUAUAGAAUUGAAGUUGUGCAUGCUCUUGGUACUCCUUGAUUAGAGCAUUAUUUUUGAAACUCAGAGCUGGUACACCAGACAGUAAUAAAUGACCUUGGGAGUGUCAUGCCUUAGUAAACUUCGUUGAUUUAUUAAUAACAGGAAACUUGAUGUACAAAUAAUUGUUAAAAGUGAUUGCCAACUUGACGUCAUAGAUCUUUAGAGCAAGUCAUAAGUGUACAAAUGACUAACAGCGAGUACUACAUAAAUUUAAAGGUUUAUAAUUCUAACUAAAUUUGUCGUGUCAAGAUGUGAACUUAAUCUGCUGAGUGCAUGAGGGUUGUUUCAUUGACAAAAGUGCGUUGUAGUCGGAUUCAUUUGGUUGUGAUAUUUUGAUUUUCGCUUUGCUGUGAACAUAAUAGUUUAAUCAAGCAUGUUUGUGAGGCUGACAAUUAGGUUAAUGAUUUUGUCAUGAGAAUAGGGCAGUUACGCGCUUGUAGCGUUCGAAGAUGAUUUUAAUCUCAAACGAUAUAGCAAUAAAAAAACAAGGCCAAAUUUACUUUUAGUAUUUAUUCAUUUGCAUAUAACUUCGUAUAAUACUGGGUGAUAUUGCUGGAUGGUGUGUAUUUACAUGUAUACUUUGAGGAUUGGAAUCCAAGCCGUCCAUGUUUUUAGUAAUGGUUUCGACUGCAUUCACUCGACAUCGUAAAGCAUGAUAAAAACUUGCCCGGUAAAAUAUGUAGUUAUAUUCUGAAAGAUACGAUGUGGAAAAAAAAAUUCAUUUAUUUACCUUUUAACCCUUAGGUGUGGGCAAAAUGUAUAAAUUUAUGAAGCAUUUAUUUAAAAAGUAUUCAAAGCAGUGUUUAAAAAUCAAGCAAAUAAGUAACUGAAAUUAAUAUCCCACCUCAAAAUUAAUUGUGAAGUGCUACAUUAUGUUUCAGUCUGAAAUUUGUAUUAAUCCUUAAUGCUGUUAUCAAUUAUGUUAUUUGGGAAAUAAAACCACCUUGAGGAAUGGAAGAA